AUGGCGCCUGCUGCCGCAUCAUCUACUAAGAAGACACCGUCACUGAAGGUGUUGACAACACGCUUGAAGGGCAUUCAAACAUCCUUUGGUGAUAUCGUGGAAUUUGUAGACCAUUUCCCAGAGCGAAGUACAACGUCGGAAGUUGAAAUACGUCUACAAAAACUCGACGAACUGUGGGAAAGGUUCGGAGAAACCCUCGUCGACGUCAAGGCACACGAUGAUUUACCAGCCGAUAGCGAAGCUGCCUAUGAUAAGGAGAGACGAGAGUUUAGUAAUUCCUACUAUCGUGCCAAGGCGUUUCUUCUGGAAUGGGUAAAGCAACAACAACCCUCUCCGACGUUGGAACAAUCCAUCCGCGGUGGUGAUAUUUCGAUGCAAGGUUCGCUCGAUCAUGUUCGCCUUCCGCAAAUAAAGCUGCAAUCGUUUGACGGGAACAUCGAUGAGUGGCUAAGUUUUCGUGAUCUUUUCACAUCUCUCAUCCAUUUCAAGGCAGAACUCCCGGAUGUUGAAAAGUUUCACUACCUCAAGGGCUGCCUUCAGGGUGAGCCAAAGAGUUUAAUCGACCCGCUGCAAAUAACGCGAGCAAACUACACAAUCGCAUGGAAUACGUUGCUCAAAAGGUAUGACAACAGCAAGCAAUUGAAAAAGCGACAGGUUCAGUCGUUGUUCCAGUUGCCAACCGUUUUAAAGGAAUCCACCAAUGAACUUCAUUCUCUACUGGAGAGCUUCGAGAGAGUCGUGCAGACUCUGGAUCAGAUAGUGCAGCCGGGUGAUUAUAAGGAUCUUCUACUUACGAAUUUCCUCACAAUGCGAUUGGAUCCGUCAACUCGCAGAAGUUGGGAAGAGUUUUCGUCUACACAAGAAACUGAUACGGUUAAGGAGUUAUUGGAAUUUCUCCAUCGGCGAAUUCAAGUUCUGGAAUGCUUACCAUCAAGGGCGAUGGAAGCAAGGGUGCAAUACCAACCACUACCGCAAAAGCAGAGGGCGGUAAAAACUAGCUAUAACACGGUGCAAUCGUCUGGGGGACGCUGCAUGGCGUGUUCGGCAAAUCAUUUUCUAUUUCAAUGCGGAAAAUUCCAACGGAUGUCCUUAACGGAGCGUGAUGCUUUCGUUCGUACUCACACUCUCUGUCGUAAUUGCUUUAGACUGGGUCACCAGGCAAAGGAUUGCCAGGCUAAAUAUUCUUGUCGAAUAUGCAAGGCACGUCACCACACGAUGGUAUGCUUUAAGCAGGAAAGGGAUAGUAGACCUAGGCCGCCACCUGCUAGCGGUGAAACCUCUGGUGCGACCACAACUUAUCAUUUACCAACGUCAUCAAAUUCAUCACAGGUGGACAACCUGGCGGCUACCAACAUAUCGGUCUCGAAUUCCGCUAUGCAGCUCACAUCGCAAGUGUUAUUGGCCACUGCUGUGGUUCUCGUCGAGGAUGAUGAGGGAAAUCAAAUACCAGCUCGCGCGCUUCUCGACUCGGGCUCUGAAAGCAAUUUCAUUUCGGAGCAUUUGAGCCAACGAUUAAAGGUGGAUCGGCAAAAGGUACACAUUUCAGUCCUUGGUAUAGGACAGGCAUCUGCAAAGGUUAAACAACGGAUUCAAGCUACAAUACGCUCUAGAGUAUCAAGGUUUUCACGGGAAUUGAACUUUCUGGUUUUACCCAAGGUAACAGUUCAUUUACCAACAACCUCAAUUAAUACGAAAGGAUGGACCAUUCCAAACGACAUCCAGUUGGCUGACCCUUCAUUCUCGGUGUCUAUGGGAGUAGACAUAGUGCUUGGUAUCGAAGCAUUUUUUGAUUUCUUCGUGUCUGGUCGAAAGCUCAUUUUGGGAGAGCAGAUGCCAUCGCUUAACGAGUCGGUAUUCGGAUGGGUAGUCUGCGGCGGAUUAUCAUCUCAUAAGCAAUCACCUCAUAUCAGCUGUCAUAUGACCGAGGACAGGUUGGAUGAAUUGGUUGCUAGAUUUUGGGUAUGCGAAGAGGUCGAUAUCAAAAAAUCUUAUUCACCGGAGGAAGAGCGGUGUGAGAAAUUGUUUAUGCAAACCGUACAACGGGGACCUGAUGGACGAUACACUGUUGCAUUACCUAUGGCCGAGGGGGCCAUAUCGCGGUUGGGCGAGUCGAAAAACAUUGCACUACGACGUCUCCACGCAACGGAAAGAAGGUUGGCAAGGAACUCAGGCUUGCUUGACCAGUAUAAGGCGUUCAUGAGCGAAUAUCUAGAUUUGGGGCAUAUGCGCUUGGUUGAGGAAGACCAACGAGCAGUAGUAGGCCGAUGCUACUUACCGCAUCAUCCGGUUGUUAAGGAGGCCAGUACGACCACAAAGGUGCGCGUUGUCUUCGACGCGUCUUGUAAGACAUCAACGGGAAUUUCGCUGAACGACGUGUUGUUGACGGGACCGGUGAUCCAGGAGGAGUUACGGUCAAUUAUAUUACGCUGUAGGACCAAGCAAAUUAUGCUGGUAGCCGACGUUGAAAAAAUGUUUCGGCAGAUUGUGAUCGAUCCAAACGAUAGGCCGCUACAGUGUAUUCUUUGGCGCUCGUCGCCUACUGAGGAGGUGGCGACCUACGAACUAAAUACAGUGACGUACGGUACUAAACCCGCUCCGUUUCUUGCGACACGCGUCUUGCAGCAGCUAGCAUUAGAUGAAGGGGAACAUUUUGCUUUGGCAGCAAGGGCCAUCACCGAAGACACAUAUAUGGAUGAUGUCAUCACAGGAUCUAACGACAGUGCAGAAGCUCUACAACUGAGAUUGCAACUGGAUGAAAUUAUGAAUAGUGGUGGAUUUCGAUUGCGCAAGUGGGCAUCGAACUGCGCAGAGGUGUUACGAGGUAUUCCGAGCGAGAAUCUGGCGAUUGAUGUCGGUGGAAUUAAUUUAGAUCCAGAUCCAGCCAUAAAAACGCUGGGAUUAACCUGGAUGCCAAACACAGACGUUUUUAAGUUUCAGUUCAACAUUCCACCACUGGAAACGUACGAAACGCUUAGUAAACGUCGCAUACUUUCUAUCAUAGCUACGCUCUUUGAUCCAUUGGGCCUCAUCGGAGCUGUUAUUACGACGGCUAAAAUUUUUAUGCAACUACUGUGGACACUGCAAACCGAGGAUGGAAGCAGAUUAGACUGGGACAAACCAUUACCUCAAACGGUGGGUGAGAAUUGGCGGAACUUUUACUCUCAAUUACCUUUGCUGAAUGGGAUUCGCAUCAAACGUUGCAUUAUUCUUCCGGAAGCUGUGACGGUGGAAAUUCACUGCUUCUGCGAUGCCUCGGAGAAGGCAUAUGGGGGCCUUAAAGAUAAGCACGUCGAACGGAAGCCAGAUUUCGGUCGCCUGACGGUGCUGCGUGAUCGUAAAAAACAACAGAAGCUGAAGAGGAAGACCGAGAGCAGUAUGACCUCAUCGUUGCGCACUUUAGGUCGGAAUAUCGGAGCAACUGGCUAA